AUGCCUUCUUCAUCCGCUCUCCUCACUCUGGCUACGGCCAUUUCGGCCGUCAACGCCGCUUACCAGGGCUUCAACUACGGCUCGACCUUUACCAACGGUCAGCCCAAGGCCCAGACUGAUUUCGAGGCCGAGUUCAAGACCGCUGCUGGCCUCGAUGGCACCGAUGGCGCCUUCACCAGUGCCCGUCUGUAUACCAUGAUCCAGGGCGGCACUCCCAACUCGCCCAUUUCUGCUAUUCCCGCUGCCAUCAACACAAAGACCAGCCUGCUCUUUGGCCUGUGGGCAUCUGGCGGUGAUGCUGCCUUUGCCAACGAGAUUGCUGCCCUCAAGGCCACCAUUAGCCAGUACUGCGGCAAGCUCGACGGUCUUGUUGCUGGAAUCUCCAUUGGUAGCGAGGAUCUGUACCGAAUCACUCCUACUGGUGUUGCCUCCAACGCCGGCCCUGGAGCUCAGCCCGGAACUCUGGUCAACUACAUCAACCAGGUCCGCGACACCAUCAAGGGCUCUUGCUUGUCUGACGUCCCCAUCGGCCACGUCGAUACCUGGAACGCCUGGGUGCUGGACUCGAACAAGCCCGUCGUCGAUGCCGUCGACUGGCUCGGCAUGGACACAUACCCCUACUAUGAGAACACCAACGCCAACAGCAUUUCCAACGCCAAGUCUCUGUACGAGGCCGCUCUGCAGAAGAUCCAGAACGCCGGCCCCGGGAAGGAGGUUUGGGUCACCGAGACCGGCUGGCCCGUCAACGGCGUGAGCUCUGGUGCUGCCAUUGCCUCUACGGCUAACGCCCGUAGCUACUGGGAGCAGGUUGGCUGCCCCAACUUUGGCAAGACCAACGUCUGGUGGUACACUCUCCAAGAUGCCGCUCCCGAUGCUCCCAACCCUAGCUUUGGCCUCAUCGGCAGCACGCUGACCGAGACGCCCCUGUUUGAUCUCUCUUGCAAGAACCAGCGGACCACGACCUCGGAGGCUCAGACUACUGGUUCCUCGGGCUCUCAGACCUCUGCUUCAGAGCAGCAGCCCACUGGCGGUGCUCCGGUCACUUCCGCCCCUGCUACCACUUUGACUACUUCUGUCCCCUUCCCCAGUUCUAACGUCACUGUGACCACUGGUACUGGAGGCUCUCCCACUGGCCCUGGCUCAAGCGCCACUGCUUCCUCGACUAAUAUUCCUGGAAGCAACGGUAACAAGCUGAGCUCUUUCGGAGCUGCCGCUGCGGCUAUUGCUGUCGCCGCUUUUGCUCUGUAA